AUGAGAUGCUUUGCUCUUACUGGCUUCCUCGCCGCUCAUGCGGCCGCAUUGAGGAAUGUCAUGUACGUUGACCAGUGGCACACAUCCAGUUUGCCGUCAAGCGACCUUGUAUCUUCUGUGACGCAUGCAAUCAUGGCAUUCGCGCCGUCGGAGAAUUUCAACAGCGGAAGCUCAUUUACGCCAUUUGAGUCUGUUGAUACCUUCCGAGCUCGCUUUCCCAGCUCUACCAAGAUCAUGAUUGCGAUUGGUGGCUGGGGUGAUAACGCUGGCUUCUCCACUGCCGCUGUGAGCGACUCGUCCCGUUCUACGUAUGCGAGCAAUGUUGCGGCUAUGCUAGAGUCCACGGGACUAGAUGGAGUUGACAUCGAUUGGGAGUAUCCAGGAGGGAAUGGCGCGGACUAUAAGCAAACUCCCAACUCGGAAAAGACAGACGAAGUGAACACCUUCCCGCUUCUCAUUCAAGCCAUCCGUGAAGCUAUUGGUGAAGACAAGGUACUCUCAGUUGCAGUUCCUGGGUUAAAGCGAGAUAUGAUAGGGUAUACGGCAGAAAAUGGCCCAACUGUCUUCGACACCGUUGACAUGGUGAACAUAAUGAGUUAUGAUUUGAUGAACCGUCGCGACAACAUCACCAAACAUCAUACCAGUAUCCAGGGAUCAUUGGAGACUGUCAAUAACUUCCUUGAUAUUGGUAUGAACGCGAGCAAGGGGAACCUCGGCAUUGCAUUCUAUGCGAAGUACUUCACUACCGACCCUUCCUCGGACUGCUCGACGAACCCUAUCGGCUGUGCCACAGUGGAACUCGAAGAUGCUAGUGGGCAAGACACCGGAAAGUCCGGUGCAGUCACAUUUGAGACGAGCCCUGAGGUCUCCAGCUCCUCCAUCACCUCAUCGUGGAGCAAGGCAAAGAGUAACGGCAUCACGGAUGAAGAAGCUGGUGGGCAAUACUACUGGGACAGUGAUGCACAGCUUUUUUGGACCUGGGACACCCCGGAUUUGAUUGCCAAAAAGUUUGAUGAGAUAAUUUCCCAGAAAGGCUUAGGCGGCGUGAUGGCAUGGAGCUUGGGCGAAGACAGCCUUGAUUGGAGUGAGCUCAAGGCAAUCAAUUCUGGUGUCGCCGCUGCUCAGUAG